UCUCUUGCUUUUGUCACAACUCACCGAUAACUCAAGCCUUCCUAUUCUCUACUGAUACAUUUUCCUCAAGCAACCAAAAUCUAGUACUUGUUUUACAAAAAUUAUACAGCAACAAGAAGAAGAUUAUGGCUAUUCGUUUGGCAGGUAAUCUCUCUAAGCAAAUUCUUCGCGGGUCUGUGUUUGCUCCAAAUAAAGCAGCUCCAAGAAGUUCAGAUGUACCAAAAGGUUUCUUAGCAGUUUACAUUGGAGAGCUUGAGAAGAAGCAAUUUGUCGUUCCAAUAUCUUAUCUAAAAGAGCCUUCAUUUCAAGAUUUGUUAAGCAAAGCUGAAGAAGAGUUUGGCUUUAAUCAUCCAAUGGGUGGUUUGACAAUUCCUUGCAGAGAGGAAGCUUUCCUUCAUGUCACUUCCAACUUGAAGAGCAGAUCUUUGGAGUAGGAAGAGUCGAUAUAAUUAACUCAUCAUAGAAAACAGUUUUAUAAGGCAGGAAUUGCCUGUUCAGUGUAAAUAUUUUCUCUUUACUACAAAAUCAAAGACAAUUCUAGUAGAUAAUUCAACAAAAUCUGUUGACAGUAUAAAUUUCUUAUUAUAUUUUCGUUUUAAGUUCAUUUUUCUUUUGAAGUUCAUUCUUGACAAUCAAGUUAUAUAAAUAUGUACAUAAGGAAGAUACUUAUGGUUCUGGAA